GCCAGUCCCUUCAAAGUUUGACAAAAUUAACACCUAAAAUUGGUUUACAAAUUUAAGGUUUUAUGGCUUUCCUGCUCUUCCGGAUAGCCUUCGUGGCCGCAACGGUCUACGCCACCCAAGAGAUGGGCAUCUGGAACAGCACCGAUGAAACGGUGCUUCUCUUUGAGGAUGCCAAGCGGGAAAUUCAGCCCAUGGCCGAGGAUCUAAUGCAACGCAUCUGCAUUUGGCGUUGCGACAAAGGCUACGAGGAUAAAGAUGUGGAGGUCAAACCGUGGCGUGAGUCCAUGGUUGAUGCCUGGAACGAUGCGGUGAAGAAGAGCUUUCAUGUCCUGGGUGUCGAGAUGCCCAGUUAUUACAAACGCUUUGCAGACGAUUUGGGCACAGCAUUGACAAUGGGACCAAAGAAGGAGGGAAACAUUAAAAUAUUUGAAAAAUUACUAUAAAGACAAGU